GGCGGAGACUUAAGACACGGCAAACGCAAAUUGCCACGCCCGCCGACAUCACUUCCACCACCACCCACGGCGACGUCAUUGUUUUCUUGUAUUAUUUGUUUUAUUUAACAAAUAAACUUAAAUACGACGCCACUAUGACUGCGCGGGAUGGACGACUUGUGCUCGUUGUCGUUCUCCUUCGUUUUCUACAUCUCGGCUCGUGUGACACGGAGGACUUGCGAGGUUUCACGGGCACUGAGACAACCGGCGGGAUUUUGUUGGGCCUGCAUGCCGAAUCGGUCCUGAGCAGCGGCCUCACCACCAUCUUCCUGCCAAUCGUUUACAUUGUGGUGUUUGUUGUGGGCCUGCCUGCCAACGCCAUGGCUGUCUGGGUGUUCCUUUUCCGCACAAAGACGAAGCACCCGUCGUCCAUCUACAUGGCCAACCUGGCUGUAGCCGACCUGCUCUUUGUCAUCUGGGUGCCGCUCAAGAUCGCCUAUCACUUCAACCUCAACAACUGGACAUACGGUGAAGGGCUGUGCAAAGUCCUGGUGGGCUUCUUCUACGGGAACAUGUACUGCUCCAUGGCUUUUAUCGCCUGCAUCAGCGUGCAGCGCUACUGGGCCGUGGUUCACCCGCUGGCGCAGCGCCAGCGUGAAAACACAGUAGCCUACGUGUCUUCAGCGGCCAUCUGGGCGACGGUAUGGCUGCUCACCGUGCCGCUCUACCUGUAUGACCAGGAAGUGCGCGUGGUCAACCUGAACAUACUCACCUGCCAUGACGUCACCCGACCCAGCCAGAAGAAGAUUGCUGCGGGCUACUUCCUCACCAUGGGCACAGUGGGCUUUGUGGGGCCAGCCACCGUGUGCGCCAUCUCCAAUGUGCUGAUGCUGCGAGCACUGCGCAGCAGCAUGACGGUGGACACCACCGUGUCCAAGAAAAGGCGCAAGGCGGUGGUGCUGAUCAUCACGGUGCUGCUGAUGUUCAUGCUGUGCUUUGCGCCCAGUAACAUCAUGCUCCUGGUGCACUAUGUGUUGCUCCUAAAUGAGAUACCCAACAACCUCUAUGGCUUCUACAUCUCCACGCUGUGCCUGGCCAGCCUCAACAGCUGCAUCGACCCCUUCGUCUACUACUACAUAUCGGACGACUUCCGCCAGCACGUCAAGAACACGUUCCUGUGCCGGAGCCAACGCACGGUGGAGAGGAUGCGCGUGUCCUUCAGCGCUCUCAAGUUCUCGAAGAAGAACAACACCUACAUGUCCGACUCGGGUGGAAACACAGGCAGCUCGCAGUGCUAGCCGGCGCUCCAAUCCUCUCUGGAUAACAGACUGAGUUGUUACUUUUCUAAAUAGGGCAGCACAAAAGUACCACUAGUUGGCACCUUUUGACACAUUUGACUCAUCGCUCUUAGGUUUGAAACUUCCUCUCACAUUCCCAAAAUAUUCAAUGUAGACUCUAAAUUGGCCAUAGAUUUGAAUGUGAUGACCAGUCCAGAAUAUAAUUCGCUGUCUCCUCUCGUAGGUACAGAGAAUACAUGUUUAAGGUUUUGUCAGGUUACUCAGGUUUCCUUUUGCAUCCCUAAAACAUGCAUGUUGGGGUUAUUAUUGUCUGUGCAUCAGUCUAAGAACCGCCAUAAGUAGACCGGGACCCCAAAACGGGUGGGGAGGGACAAACACUAUGCGCAUCUGAACAUUGAAAUGUUUUUUUUUUGUUUGUUUAGUAUUUUUUUUUUUAGUGGCGACUACGUGUACUACUGCUAUUGUCAAUCAUUUUUGUUUUUGUUUGAAAUUGUACACUGUGAAAUUAAAUAAAUUGUGGAUUUUAAAUAUA